AUGCAGAUCUUUGUCAAAACUCUUACUGGAAAAACAAUCACGUUGGAAGUGGAACCUUGUGACACGAUUGAGAAUGUAAAGUGUAAGAUCCAAGAUAAAGAAGGAAUUCCACCAGAUCAGCAGAGAUUGAUCUUUGCUGGGAAGCAGCUAGAAGAUGGACGAAGCCUUGCUGACUACAACAUCCAGAAAGAAUCCACCCUUCACCUUGUGCUUCGUCUGAGAGGCGGUAUGCAGAUCUUUGUCAAAACUCUUACUGGGAAGACAAUCACAUUGGAGGUAGAACCUUGUGACACUAUUGAGAAUGUGAAGUGUAAGAUCCAAGAUAAAGAAGGAAUUCCACCAGAUCAGCAGAGAUUGAUCUUUGCUGGGAAGCAGCUAGAAGAUGGACGAAGCCUUGCUGACUACAACAUCCAGAAAGAAUCCACCCUUCACCUUGUGCUUCGUCUGAGAGGUGGUAUGCAGAUCUUUGUGAAGACCCUGACAGGCAAGACCAUCACCCUUGAAGUUGAGCCCAGUGACACCAUUGACAAUGUUAAAUGUAAGAUCCAGGACAAAGAAGGAAUUCCACCAGAUCAGCAAAGGUUGAUUUUUGCUGGGAAGCAGUUGGAAGAUGGGCGCACUCUCUGUGACUACAACAUCCAGAAAGAAUCCACCCUUCAUCUUGUGCUUCGUCUGAGAGGCGGUAUGCAGAUCUUUGUCAAAACUCUUACUGGGAAGACAAUAACAUUGGAGGUAGAACCUUGUGACACUAUUGAGAAUGUGAAGUGUAAGAUCCAAGAUAAAGAAGGAAUUCCACCAGAUCAACAGAGACUGAUCUUUGCUGGAAAGCAGCUUGAAGAUGGACGAAGCCUUGCUGACUACAACAUCCAGAAAGAAUCCACCCUUCACCUUGUGCUUCGUUUGAGAGGCGGUAUGCAGAUCUUUGUCAAAACUCUUACUGGGAAGACAAUCACAUUAGAGGUAGAACCUAGUGACACUAUUGAGAAUGUGAAGUGUAAGAUCCAAGAUAAAGAAGGAAUUCCACCAGAUCAGCAGAGAUUGAUCUUUGCUGGAAAGCAGCUAGAAGAUGGACGAAGUCUUGCUGACUACAACAUCCAGAAAGAAUCCACCCUUCACCUUGUUCUUCGUCUGAGAGGUGGUAUGCAGAUUUUUGUCAAAACUCUUACUGGGAAGACAAUCACCCUUGAAGUUGAGCCCAGUGAUACCAUUGACAAUGUCAAAUGUAAGAUCCAAGAUAAAGAAGGAAUUCCACCAGAUCAGCAAAGGUUGAUUUUUGCUGGGAAGCAGUUGGAAGAUGGGCGCACUCUCUGUGACUACAACAUCCAGAAAGAAUCCACCCUUCAUCUUGUGCUUCGCUUGAGAGGUGGUAUAUAGAUCUGUGACUUCAGACAUCCAGAAAUAAUCUACAUUACAUUCAUUUCCUCAACUCAAAGGUGGUUAUCAGAGCUGGAAAAAAAAAACAAGUCACCUAUGAACAUUGCAAGCAUGAAGAUGCUAGCUUUAUCUGUCAAAAGGUUAUAUAGGUUAAACUGGUAUUAAUAUUCCUAUGGGCUCUCUAAAAUAUAACAGUAAAAUUAGUUUAUGAAGGGAAAAAUUGGGAAACCACAGUGGAAAUCCUUUUGUAAAGUCAUAUGACUAUCUCAUGCAAGUUUUCUGUCAAAGUAUAUUGAUCUGAGUGCUAAAAUGGUUUUGGGGUUCUAAAUAUUUGUACUGACCAAGGGGAGGAUUUAAGGUGAUCAAAGUAUUCCUUGCUUGCUAAGUGUGGAUUAAGCACAUAAGAAUAUCUACUUUUGGAU